CGAUGACUCUCGGCAUGAAUGAUCAAUUACGCCUGUCUCCUCCAUGAUGUCUUUAUUGACAUUUGUUCCGUACUACUAGUAGGGCGUUGUCGAGUGUUCAAUCGUCUUCGCUCUCACCCGACUCUGAGUCUGCCGUGCCAUCCUCCUCAGAGUAGUGCACCACGAUACCCGGAUUGCCGUUCCAAGCACUAGGUGUUCCUUCAUGCCCCUCAGAUAUAUUCGCCGGAAGAUUACUGCUAACGACGUGAUUACCGUGGCAGUCGCGACGACCGCGGCGGCGACGAGUCUAGCGGGCGCUGCUGGAUUCCCUCCGGUGGCCAUACCCGCGGCCAUCUUGUUGAAGAUAUUCCAGACCAUCCAGGAUGUCAAGACAAAACAAGAGGAAUGCUAUGAUCUUGCCUUCCGAUGUCUUUCCUUCCUAGACCUCAUGAAGGAUCAGCUGCUCGAUCACAACAGAGAGGUGCCCCCAUCGCUCCUAGAUGCUUUGACAAACUUCGCGCGGACGCUAGAAUCCAUACAUUCGUUUCUCGUGAGCCAAGCGGAGAGUAAAUGGCGAACGCGCUUGCUCCGCAAGGGAAGCAUAGAAAUCGCUCUCUCUGUCUUGAACACCGAGUUGAACGAUGCGAUCAACGCGUUUCAGAUCGCUACGUUGAUCAACAUUCAUUAUACUAUCGGCGACAGGUUGGUUAUAGGAUCUUCCAGCAAGGAGAGGUUUGGCGGCGAAGCACAAGUUGAUGCAUAUGAUACCGACGAUGAGACAGUAUGCUCGUCAGCACUGUCUCAAAUUCAUCUCAAUCGCACAGGUCGACGCUCCCGGAGGAAGACAACCAAUGAAUUGACUUUGGUAUAUGAACCGGCAGUUGACACGCAUGUCUUGAAUGCUCCUGAGGAAGAGCUCGAAGAAUUCGAGGAUCACGGGUUCCGCCGAUAUCAACGAUCUGACAUCAAGUUAAAUGGCAGCUCUCGUAUCAAAGGAGGCUGGUGGGCCGGGGCUACACAAGCUGACGUUAAAGGUCGUGAUCUUCUCGUCAAAAGUUACGACGGUCCUCGGUAUGCCGCUUCCAAGAAAUGGAUACGCGAUGUAAAGAUACUACAGAACAUCUUUCACCCAAAUCUCCCCCAAAUGGUCGGUUUCUCGGGCGAAGAAUGUCCUACCCCUUUCAUCCUCCUCGCAAAUGUGCAGACGCGGCUUCCUCAAGCAUUAGUACUGGAUACCAUCCAACACGGAACACUGGCCGAGUGUGUCAUACUCAUGAGUCGCUUCUACCUUGACCAUAUGGAUGCAGCUCUGUAUCUUCAACGACAAUUACAUCUAUCCGACUCCAAGAUCCAAGACUACGUCGAGAAUGCAAGCUAUCGCAUCGACGGGCAGCGGAUUCUCGUCAUGGGAUUGCCUCCGCCCGAGGUCGACCGCUGGGCGUCUGCGCGGAACUACGAUCUGUCUCAUUCCGUGAGGGGAGUAUACCUGGACUUACUCCCGAGUCGCGGUAUGAUGCCCGAGAAGCCCUACGAAACGUCGGAAGGCACUGGUACGACGCACUCUCGAUAUUCAUCGAACAUUGCUCUUCUACUUGCCCCACUGCACAUAGCUCCUAGCUUGAAAACGCAGAAGAAAAUUAGCCACCUCACACAUGCCUUGAACGCCAUUUUGCCGAGUUCGCAUUCCACAGCACAAAUAUCGGAGCUCAAUGAGCUGUUAUCGGCCUGCGAAAACGACGCAGAGUCAACGUCACAGCCGAUCCACCUUCGCAGGAUCAGCGGCAUAGCGCUGUCUCUCGGUGCUAGUCCACCUGUCUGGAGGGAGAAGCUCGUUCCAGCGUACAAAUACUCGGUCGGCGAUCUGGGAUAUCUCGCGAAACAAGGAGACCUUGCGUCGUUCAAGUUGAUCUGUAACGUCAUCAGAAAUGGCCAUGCCUCUCUCCAGGCCAUUCAGUCACAACACGGAACGCAAAUACAAUGGCACCGCGGACCGCCCAUACAAACCCCGCUGGACUCCUUCCCAUGCCCGGGAAACAGGGUAGGAUGGGCCGUCGUUAUCGAACCGAACACGGACUAUAAUGUCGUAAUCGCACACGAAGAGCGAGUAGAACCGAUGAUCCCGGCAGGGCGGUUUCUAUUGGACUACGGCCAGCAUCUCUCCAAGAUACAUGGGGUCCAGCCAGACGAUCUCAUGCUCAUCACUCGCGUCGGGGUCGACUUCCGCUUCAGGUUGAAGGGCCCCUUCGCGCCAUUCAUGAAUCCACAUCAGUCGCCCGCGUUCCAUCAACAUGGAUUCAGACAUCACUCUCAUACGGCGAGUAAGUCGCAUGCCCGGUUCGGUGGAGGUGGCCUCGGACAUCAUUCGUCGCACAUGAGCCACAGCUUCGGUUUGCCACUUACCCCGCCGACCAUCCUCUACCUAUCGACUUCCAUCGACAAGGGCAAUCCACCUACUUGGUCGCAAAGUCCAGUCUUCGACCUGCAGUCGGCUCCACCGCAUAACAUAGCGAACUGUAUGAUCGGUUCAGAUCCUCCCCUUGGAUACCUGAACUACGUGCAGUUCCACGCAGAGGAUUUCCUAGGGGCGGGCGGAGAACCCCUUAAGUUGCCUCCACCAAGACCGAAGGAGAAGCAGGAGCGGGCCAAAGUGGCGAAGACAUAUGCAAGGGCUGCACGGACUGGCUGUUGAAAGAGCAAACCGCAGAAGAAGUCGUCCACGCUCUCCUCGCCCACGAGUAGACAACAACGCACCAAUCUGUGAGCUUCACAAUCCAGCUCGGAAACGUGCUCUCGCGGCGGCAUGUCUCCCGCUUUGUACAAUCCCCAGCCUUGAGUGCCUCUCCUCUGGUAUAUGACCCCACGAUGCACGUACGUACCGAUUGCACCCCGUUGGCAGAGAAUGGUCAGCGAGACACUGUACGUUCCGUGAACACACUGCACAA